AGAAAAGUGACUUCUUGCAUUUUUUUCUCUUGUUAGGGUCCUUAUUUUUAAUAAAAAAUGAGUUCAGAGCAAAUAUCAAGCAAGCAAAAAAGAGUAAUUGAACUCCGAAAUGAAUAUUUAAAACAAAUUAAUAAUCCAUACCGCCAUAUGACAGCUGAAGGUGGACAUGUUUUUGAUCCAGCUAUUUAUCGUUUCCAUGCAAUGCGCGUAAGUCAUUACGAUCAUUUCAAACCUAACUUUAAAACCUUCAGAAUUGGAUUUGGCUUGGUCGUUCUUCCUAUCUUACUUUCUGCUUGGGCUUUCAAAUAUGAACGAGAAACCCGUGAAGAAAAGUUCAGAACUGGUCAAGUUGCAUACAAAGAUCGCUUAUUCAAAUUUAUCUAAAUUGUAGCAAUAAUAAAAAUGUGGUAGCAUUACAAGUGAAAUCAUGAAUAAAAAGUUUCAUCUGAAAUACGAUUGAUAUAA